AUGUACAGAACUGGCAAGAAAAAUGCUGUUAAGAAUGUACACAAUAACUACAAUGAAUAUAGUGAGUUCCAUGCCAGGGAGGUAGAGGCUCACAUAUGUGCAGCUUUCAUGCAAAAGAUGAGUAUGCUGAAAAUGAAUGGUAAGUCAUUAUGGGAAUAUAGAGAAUAUUGCACAGCAACACACUUAAUUUUCCAUUUCCAUGACAAUCGAUGCCCGGCAGAUAGAGAAUGUGUAAGCCACUGUACAUGCUCAUUAGGUGGGGGAGUUGGAAGUGCUGGUUGUGAAAUAUAUUUUUACUUCAAUUAUAUCAUAGAUAAACCCAAUGUUGUACUACCAGAUGAUUCAGUUUCAAAGUCUAUUAAAGGGAAGUGCAGUGAUUUUGUAAGGGAAUAUUGUGUUUCAGUCAGAGAAAGUUAUUGAUAUUGUAAACAAGACAGCUGAGCUGGAUGAAAAGAUGAAAUCACCAUUUGCAUGUAGGGCAGAUGGUUGCAACAAAUCCUAUCUGUCUCAUUUUGCCAGAGUCAGGUGAGUCUAUAUUUCCAUUAUAAUUCAAACUGUGUGUUGAAACUAACUACAGUACAAAGUUCACAAUACAGUUACAUCCAGGCAACUAGCUUGCUGCACACUAAAAACCUUUGAUAACCCUUGGAUUUUAUCCUGUGAGGCAGAGGUUUAUAAUAUGCUCCCAAAGGCUAAUAGCCCUUAUAAUGUUCAUAAACUAUCAAUGAGGAGACUGCAUGUCAAUUAGACGCUUAACAAUUUUCUAAUGUUUGAAAUUUUCUUAGUAUCCAGUUUGGGAUAAAAGUCAUUCACAGUUUGGUAUUCAAAACCAAAUUAUAGUAUCCUUUCAAUUGGGGAUAGUCUGUAAAUUUCAGACCAUGGUAAAUAAUUAGAUCAUUAAAUACUACCAGGAUCAUUUACUGAAUGAACAUGCUUGUAAAAAGUUUCAAUUUUUCUUAUUUUAUUAGACAUGAAAUUGGCAAGCACAAAUUUGUCAUUGCAAGAUUUGAAGAAAUAAAUGAUGAGCGAGAUCCUAUGGGAUACUAUUUCUGUCAAUGUGGCUGUGCUUUUGUUUUUAGUACUAGAGCAACAAGGAAUAGGUAUGUAAAAUACUAUAAUUUUAAAAUACUAUUUAUUUUGGACACAAACAUCCCAUUGAGUGGCAACACACUCUCCUUGGUGUUCAAUUAAACUGUCUGGUAUCGUGUACUAGUUAGGGGAUUGUAGAUGUAUAUAAAUAGCUAAAUAACAACUGCAAGAAAUGAGGUCCGAUCUCUCAUAAAAGUGUACUAAAAAUAUACUGUAUAUUGGACUAUAAAUUUCUCAUUUUUCUUCAGGCAUGAGAAAACAAUCCACCACGCAACAGGGUGUGAAUAUCCUGAGAUGACACCAAAUGCCCAAACCACACACCCAGAUUACAUAUUCAACUACCAUCAAGCAAAAUUGGCCUUUGGCUUAUUCUUGUCAGAACUAGCCGAUUGUAUAAAAGGAGAUGGUGAACGUCUCUAUGAAAUCUACAAACUGGCUCUUCUGCUAUUUAAGAGCAGAGGCCACACCAAGUAUGCUUAUGAAGUUCUGCUGUAUCUUGCUAAGAUCAAUUUUCUUCCGCAUGAAGAAGCUUUCACUUUGAAAUGGAACCGGUUUUACAACCACCAUGGUGGGAAAGGAAAAAACAUCCCUCUUGAUCUUAGGAAAGAACAACAAAACUGCAUCCUCAAGAAGAUGUGGAAAGCAUUGGGGGGCUAACCUUGAUGAAAAAGGUGCAACUAGGACUUCAGAAUCACUUGAAUUGCAUGAAAUGAUCAUUUCAUCCAUUGACCAAGACUGUGAGCUUCUUGAAAGAAAAGGACGUCGAUCUAAUCCUAAAAAGAAUGAAGCUGUGGUUCAAACUCUGUCUGAUUUAUUGGAGGUUGAAGCAUUCAAAUUCAAGAGUGGUAGAGAAGGAUACCCCACAUUCCCUAAAUUUGAAGCUAACAUUGUUAGUCUAGAUUACCGAGACCUGCACAAGUGGAUCAAAGACCAUCUGAAACUUUGGCAAUCAAUUUAUAAAUCACACAAUUAG